CGGAGCCAAACGCGGCCUCUGGCUGAAGGAAGUUAAUCGCAGAACUCAGAGGCGGGGGUUAGGCAUCUCGGACUCAAUGGCGACCGCAGGGGCCAGCGGCGGCGACGGGAAAGGACAGGGCGGCGACGCCCCCGUCACCUACUAUCGGCUGGAGGAGGUGGCGAAGCGCAACUCCGCGGAGGAGACGUGGAUGGUGAUCCACGGGCGAGUCUACGAUAUCACCCGCUUCCUCAGCGAGCAUCCUGGUGGGGAAGAGGUUCUGCUGGAACAAGCUGGUGCUGAUGCGACUGAAAGCUUUGAAGAUGUUGGCCAUUCCCCUGAUGCCAGGGAAAUGCUAAAGCAGUACUACAUUGGUGAUGUUCAUCCGAGUGACCUUAAACCUGAAGGUGGGAGCAAGGAUCCUUCAAAAAAGAGUACAUGCAAAAGUUACUGGGCAUAUUGGAUUGUCCCCGUCGUAGGCGCUGUUCUCAUAGGUUUCCUGUAUCGUCACUUCAUGUCGGAAAGCAGAUCCUCCUGAGGAGACCUUAUUGAAGUUUGGGAACACGUGCUCUUGGGAGUGAAAUUAGAGACUUGCCUUGGAGGCUGCAACGGCGCUCCUCCUUAAAUCCUGCUACUUUUCUUCCUUCCCCUUGGAGCCAAGAUGGGUGACCAGAUACCCACCUCCAGUCUGGACCAAUGUCCUUCCUUCGUCAGCCAGAGCCUUACUCCCCUUCUGCUCACCAUUCUGCGUCUUUGCCAUGUUUCUUCUCUACACACUGGUUUCCGCUGUGUCCCUUAAUUUCACAAGUUUGUUGAUGACUGCAGUUCUUACAUUGUGGUGACAUUGCCUUUGGUUAAAAAAUGCCUGAUUUCUAAUAUUUCGAAGCACAUUAGACAUUCUCAGGAGGGCAGCACUCUAGUUUUGAAUCGUUUCCAUUUUUAAGUGAAUAUAUUUUUUAAAAUUUUGAUUUAAUUUUGUUAUGUAUCAUAAGGGAUUUAAAUCAUAAAGUUAAGGUAUCUCUUUUAAAACACAGAUGCCAAGUGAUCUUAUUCUUCAUGUUUGUUAAAAGUAAGGGGUCACUCAGCAGGUAAAGGCACUUGCCACCCAGCCUGAUGACCCCAGUUGAUUCCUUGACCCACGUGGUGGAAGGAGAGAACCGACUCCCAAAAGUUGUACUCUGAUCUGCGCAAGUGUGCUAUGGUACAUGUGCAUAAACACUUACACACUAAAUAUAAUUUAAAAUUACAAAAAAAUUGUAAGAGCUAUGUGCUUAUCUCUGUCCUGGGUUCCUGUAGCUGACGGCUCUUUCUGCCCCCAAGCCCAGCCAGCCCCUUUUCUUCCCAAUUGUGCAUGACAAAACUGUGUUCCCCUCUGAUUUCUUAGGGACCGGAAGAGCCAAAGAAGAGAGUAGUGAAUUAGGGUGAAUUCAGAAUAAUCUCUUAAAAAAAAAAAAAAACAAAAAAAAAAAAACACCAAACACUACUUCUUACAGGAACGUGGUUAGCUUUUUCUCUUUGGCUUAGUGCUGGUUUCUAACUAUCUCUCUCUUUUUCCCCUAGCUGUCUUUUAUUGGUAAAAUAUAAUUGUGUGAUUAUGUCUCUAGAGCGUCACUGAAGAUUUUUGCUGCCUUUUUAUUCACUGAUUAGUAAAUUUUUGAUUCCUUGUUUUAGAGAAGUGAGAGACACCAGUUUGAUCUGUUUAUCCCAGUAAAAUAACUUCCGUAUAAAAUAUCAUUUGGAUAGCUGGAUGUGGGAGGCAGAAGCAGGUGGAUCUCUGUGAAAUCAAGGUCAACCUGGUUUACAUAGUGAGUUCCAAGACAGCUGGGGCUACAGGGAGAGCCUGUCUCAAAAGACAGAAAAAAAAAGACAAAUAGAAACCCAGAAAUUAAAAAAAAAAAACCAAAAAUCCCAAACCCCUUGUCAUUUGAAAUCAGGAGAUCAUGAUGAGAGACUUCCAUUUCAUAUGAAUUUUACCUCCAUGGCUCCAACUUAUGAUUUUGUUCUACUUUUCCAGUGGGAAUAACAAAUUUUUUAAAGUUUAGUAACUUUUUUCUUGCAUAUAUAUUUUAUCAGAAAGGUUAUCAUUUGGAGUUAUAUUACUGUUUCUCAUUGGUCCAAGCAUUUUUCUGACAUCUUUGACUUUAUUAUUUUUCCCCAUGUGGUACAUGAUAGUUCACUGUCUUCUACCAGUGUCUGGUGACUUUCUCCACAUCUCUUGUUCAUUGCCAGUCUGCUUCUGGGCCAUUGUCAUAUCCAGCAGGGAGUAGCUGGGUUCAAGAAGGACCGGAGAUGCUGGACAGUAUUUCCCUCCUCCCUUCCAGCUCGCCAGGGACUUGACAGGACAGGAAACUGCCCAGUAAACCAGAGUCUGCCCAUGCAAACUAUUUAUGAAAAAGUUCAGCCCAGGACUUGUAUCCUGUGAUUUAGCAGUUGGAUGCAUUCAGAAUUCAUCAAAAUAACAUUAACAUUUUCCUUGUAUAUUUGGAUAUAAUAUUUUAAAGUAAUUUCUGGCUGACUUUUAUAUAUCAGAGAUACAGGUUUAAUCAAACUUUUAUCUUUAGAGAUGUUUGCAAUAUUCUAAGGUGGAUUGAAAAACUAGUUAAACUUUAAUGAAAGUGGUAUAACUUAAUAUACCUCCAUUUAAAGGAAGAUUUACAUUGAAUGAGAUUGGUGUGUAAUUGCUGUAAUAACCAAGUUGAAUGGAGUACCUUGGGGUGGAGAUAAAGAACAAAGGCACACGGAGGAACUGGAAAGGAACAUUCACUCUAAUGCAAAGCCAGAAGAUAACUUGGAUCAAUUGGAGAAUGUGUUGGCACUCUCUUGAGUGAAAAAUAUCUGGCUUAUAAGAAAUGUUAAAGAACUGUAUUUUUAAGUAAAACUUGUGUUUUGAUAUUUUUACAGUAGAUACCACUGCAAAAAGUACGUUUUUCUAUUUCAUACUAGUUUUCUUUUCCUGUUUAUAUCUGCGCUUGUUUUUUUACUGAGAGCCAGAAGGAAAAGAUUUUUCAUACUUUUGUCUUUGCUAUCCAUGAAAUCCAUCUAAUACCCAGGACUUCUUUUGGAUAACUGCUAGUGUUGAUGUCAUUUUAUAUUUUAAAAAGCACUUUUUGUGUCUAUUUACUGUAAUUCUGUUGUCUACAUAAACAGCCAGGCAAGAAGUAGAUAGAUCUUAAGUUAGUUUGCCAAGGCUUUUCCUAAACAAUAAAAUAAUAAAGCCUAUGAGCCAAAUCCAUCAAAACGGACUUGUUUGAGUAGACUAGACUUAUCCAAGCAGGUCUGGAAACCACCCUGGAGAACAAGGGGAGUCAGUGCCUGCUGCUGCCGGUGCCCCUGGUCAGUGGAGUGUCUGGUUUAUUUCUGAGGUGACCAACUGCCACCACACACCAUACUAUACACACAACUGAAUAUAAAGGAGGAAAAAAUGUGCCACUAAGAUACAGGGUGUUAGUGCCCAUUCUCUGAAGUUCCCAGCCUCCAACUCUUAGGAAUUGGUUUUUCUUUCUGGUUGACUCGCACAUUCAUAAAGAAAGUGAAGGGACAAGUGGAUGUUAUGUUGAGAGCUCCUUGUGUGACCACUUAAGCAGAGAGGGCCAUCCCUCGGAAGCUAUCGUUUGAAUGGUAGGCUCUUUCAGCAGUUGCCAUGAGGGCUUAUGUUGUUGAAAGAACACUUAGGUUUAUGCUCAUCUAGUUUUGGUGUGGAGCAAUGAAAAAUGCUUUCACAAGCUAGAUGUGUCAUCACGUAUGACAUUCAUGCUUACAGUCUCCACUUGGUUAAGUUCCACAUUAGGAGACUGGAACACAGAACAUAAAUGUUUCUUUACCUCCUACUCCAGGAGAAAUGGAUUCAGAGAUGUCUCUACAAGAAAUUGAUUUUUUUAAUUAAACAGUGCCAUUCAGUUGCCAAAUACCAUUGCAAAAGUAAUGACAGUUCAGUCACGUUUGGUUUCUGUGCUCUGAAAUAGCCGGGUUUGGAAUUUGUGGGGGUGCUAGAAGGGAGGUUCCAAAGAAGCAGAGAUGUGUCGAGUCACCUGCCUCACACCCAGCAUCAUACUUAGGAGUCUUAGUAGCUGCUCCUUACCCAUGCCUGUAUCACCUACGUUUGCUGCUUGGGCAAAACACCAUUUCAGUUAUUUAACUUUUUUUGCUGCACCCUUGUCUGUGAAUGAGUAAUAUUAACAUUCCUUUUGUGUAUUCAAUAAUGGAAUCUGUUUACCUAUUUCAUUUCAGCUUAAUUUGAACAAAGAUCUUUGUCUUUCUGCUGGAAUGUGCACACAGCGAAUGUUUGUUAGAACGGCACAAUAAAGAUACUGUUUUCCUUUU